GUAAGAAAUUUAAAAAUGUCAUGUUACCACUAGAUGAAGAUAUCAUGCAGCGCUCUUCAGGAGAAAACCUCAUUACCCUUAAUGUACAUCCAGGUCUUCACAGUACAGAUCUGUCAUAUAGUCCUCCUAAUUAUGAGGGACCUUCUCCGGACCAAUCACAGAUUGUUACCGCAAGUACAAGUCAGAAAAGGAAUAAAAGGUUUCAUUGUGGUAAAGAAUCCAUAAACAGCUCAGGACUUUCUACACACCGAAGACGUCACAGAGGAGAGAAAAUGUGUUCAUGUUCAGAAUGUGGGAAAUGUUUCACACGGAAAUCACAUCUUGUUAUACAUGAGAGAUGUCACACAGGACAGAAACCAUAUUCAUGUUCAGAAUGUGGGAAAUGUUUUGCGCAAAAAUCGGAUCUUGUUAGACAUGAGAGAUGUCACACAGGAGAAAAGCCAUAUUCGUGUUCAGAAUGUGGGAAAUGUUUUGGAGAAAAAUCUAAUCUUGUUAUACAUGAGAGAAGACACACAGGAGAGAAGCCGUAUUUAUGUUCAGAAUGUGGGAAAUGUUUUGCAGUGAAAUCACAUUUUGUUGUUCAUCAGAGAAGGCACACGGGAGAGAAGCCAUAUUCAUGUUCAGAAUGUGGGAAAUGUUUCACAGUGAAAUCACAUUUUGUUGUUCAUCAGAGAAGUCACACAGGAGAGAAGCCAUAUUCAUGUUCAGAAUGUGGGAAAUGUUUUACAGCUAAAUCAUAUCUUGUUUCACAUGGGAGAAAUCAUACAGGAGAGAAGCCAUAUUCAUGUUUAGAAUGUGGUAAAUGUUUUACAUGGAAAUCAAUUCUUGUUAUGCAUGAGAAAAGUCACACAGGAGCGAAGCCAUAUUCGUGUUCAGAAUGUGGGAAAUGUUAUACAAUGAAAUCAAAUCUCGUUAUACAUGAGAAAAGUCACACAGGAGAGAAGCCAUAUUCGUGUUCAGAAUGUGGGAAAUGUUUCACAGUGAAAUCACAUCUUGUUAAUCAUCAGAGAUAUCACACCGGAGAGAAGCCAUAUUCGUGUUCAGAAUGUGGGAAAUGUUUUACAGUGAAAUCAAUUCUUGUUAAUCACCAAAGAUGUCACACAGGAGAGAAGCCAUAUUCGUGUUCAGAAUGUGGGAAAUGUUAUACAAUGAAAUCAAAUCUCGUUAUACAUGAGAAAAGUCACACAGGAGAGAAGCCAUAUUCGUGUUCAGAAUGUGGGAAAUGUUUCACAGUGAAAUCACAUCUUGUUAAUCAUCAGAGAUAUCACACUGGAGAGAAGCCAUAUUCGUGUUCAGAAUGUGGGAAAUGUUUUACAGUGAAAUCACAUCUUGUUAUUCAUCGGAUAUGUCACACGGGAGAGAAGCCAUAUUCGUGUUCAGAAUGUGGGAAAUGUUUUACAGUGAAAUCACAUUUUGUUGUUCAUCAGAGAAGUCACACAGGAGAGAAGCCAUAUUCAUGUUCAGAAUGUGGGAAAUGUUUUACAGCUAAAUCAUAUCUUGUUUCACAUGAGAGAAUCCACACAGGAGAGAAGCCAUAUUCAUGUUCAGAAUGUGGGAAAUGUUUUACACAUAAACAAAGUCUUGUUGUACAUCAGAGCAGUCACAGAGUAGAGAAGCCAUAUUCAUGUUCAGAAUGUGAGCAAUGUUUUACGCAAAAAUCAGAUCUUGUUAGUCAUGAGAGAAAUCACAGAAGAGUAAGGAUACGAUCACAAUUCCAGAAUUUAGAAUUUGAUUUCGAUUCCAAUUAAAGAAUCACGUUACUGAAUACCAAACUGAUACUUUACACACAUAAUGGGUAACAGGGAUAAAAGGAUUGUUUGGGCUUUUAAUAUUGAUAAGCUAUUCUCAGGAUAGGACAUCAUUAUGAAAUGGACAGGGGCCCAACUCCUGGCACCCCUGGUGAUCAGCUGUUUGAAGUGGAGGCAGUGCUCCAUAAGGGCGCUGCUUGAUUUACAUUACAGUAGUAACCAAUAGUUACACUAGUUCAAGUGAAUGGAGUGAGUUCUCGUCAUUUUCUGCUUUGCCAAGAUUUCCGAGACGACGUGCAGUGUAACGAACAGGAAGCAGAGCUCGCAUGGAGCACCGCCAACCUUUCAAUCAGCUGAUCGGCGGAGGUGCCAGGAGUCAAACCACCACUGAUCUAUUGAUGACCUAUCCUGAGCAUAGGUCAUCAAUAUAUAUUGCUGCACAACCGCUUUAGCCCCCCUAGUGCCCAGCAUGUUUUGGGCCUUACUGACCAAGCGUUUUUCUUCCUUUUUUCAUCGUCGUGUUCCAAGGGCUAUAACUUUUUUAUUUUUCUGUCUAUAUAGCUUUAUGAGGGCUUG